AUGAGCUGCGAGCCGCCCUUCGCGCGGAGCCCCACGGAGUGGAGGCUCGGCGCCAGCGGGAUCGAGCGGAUCAACUUCAAGGGGCAUCCGCUCGCGCCGCUGAUGGCGGUGCGGCGGCAGGAGCUGCGGCGGGAGUGGCCGCUGCAGCAGGAACGGAGCUGGUUCGAUGGUAAGCAGGAGUCCUGGUCAGACUGGUGUUUCUUGUUUCGCAGUUACGUAGCAUCACAGGACGAGCGCACCAUCGAGCUGAUGGACAGAAGUACGACCAUGGACGAAGAAGUGGUCAUGGGCAUAUCGUUCAAUGACGAGAAAGCCGCUGAUCAUGGAGUGCGAACCCAGGCCAGGGGACGACAGGGUGCGCUGCUUAACCAGUUGCUGAACACGACGUUCAAGGCUGGAGUCGGACACAAAGAAGCCGUCGAGACGUGGGGGCGUGAGGUUACCGAGUAUGAGGAGCAGGCCGAGGAUAUAUUGCCAGAGUCUAUCAAGGCGAACGCGCUGGUCCAAGGGCAGGAAGACGAAAUUCUGAAGUCUCACCUGACGUUGAACUCGAACAGGCUCAUGAGGUAUAAGGACAUCAGAAAGGAGAGCAUGGACUACAUCGUGAUUCCGCGUGUUUGGCAUCGAGACAACGAUCAGGUGAUACCGAUGGACGUGGAUGCAGUUUGCAGCUGGCACGGCAAAGACGGCAGAGACUCCAAAGGCAAGGGCAAGAGUGCCAAAGGCGACGAGGGACCCAUCUACGCGAGCAUGCUGGCGGCCGCAGGUGCGAGCAUCUUCGAAGACGACGACGCGGACUACUUGAUGAUCGACAGCGGCGCAGGCAUCAUUACUUGUCCGAUGCAGUUCGCAGAGGCAGAACCGCAUGGCAGUAGCAACUGGAUUGUCCCGAAGAACUUGCCACCGCUUGAGGCCGCGACAGGGCAGUCGAUCAUCCACCGCGGCGCGUGCGCGGUCAACUUCAUGGCGGCGGCGCUCGGCCAGCAGCAGGAGAUCUUCAAGAUGAGGUUCCAGAUCGCGAACGUCAAGUGUCCGAUCGUGGCGCAGCAGGAUUUGCUGGAGGCAGGCUUCGUUCCCAAGUACGGGUUGUACUCAAGCGUGCUGGAGGCGCCGAGCGGACGGAUCUUCCCAUUGGUGCAGCAGGGCCGCAUCUGGCACAUGAAGAUGAAGCGCGUGGUCACAGCCAGCGAGCCAGCAGUCGUGUUCGCCCCACUACGAGAGCCAGCGGUAGCUCAACCCAUCCCAGUCUACCGGGUCUGGAUAGACUACUCGUUCCCAGGAAUGAAGGGCACCGAUGAUGUGAUGACGCUGCUGGUCUGCCUGGACUUCGGGUCGUCGGCUAUCGAGAGUGCGAACGUCAUGGAGAAGGGCGCGGUGGAUUACGGCAUCAAGGUCCUGGUGCAGGCGUUGCAGUACUGGGGCCGCAUGCGCGUGGUGGUGUCGCGUGACCAGGAGAACGCGAUCACGGCGCUUGCGAGAGCGGCAGCAACCGCACGAGACGAGGAGACAGUGUUGCAGGUCGGCCCGAGGCUCGAUUCCAAGUCCAAGGGUCCGAUCCAGGCGGCUGGGGGCAGAGUCCAGCAGCUCAUCCGCGCACUCGUGCACGCCGUCAAUGCACACCACAAAGUGGAGCUGAAGCCAAGCGAGCCGAUCAGCAGUUGGUUGGCGAGGCACGCAGGCUGGAUCCUCACGAGGUUUACCGUGAGAGAAGAUGGGCUAACACCGUAUCGUCGGCUCAAAGGACGAGAUUGCCACGGUCAGAUCGCAGAGUUCGCGGAGACCGCGAUGCACAAGUUACCCCCAGGAGCCGCUGGGAAGAUGGAAGCCAGAUGGGGCAAGGGCAUAUGGCUCGGCAAGGCGAACGUCAGCGAUGAGCACAUGAUCGGCACACCACGGGGGCGGGUCUUUGCGCGAUCGAUCGCCAGGAGGCCCGACGAGAAGCGGUGGAACCAUAACCUCUUCAUCCAGAUCAUCUGCACACCCUUCGACCCGAAGGCAACGCUGCUGGCGCAGGGGGCCGUGAACAGGCCGAGGUACCUGACCAAGGGUAUUCUCAACCGGAUGGGUCGGACACCUGGCUGCCCAGCUUGCGACGAGACGGGCCAAUGCCACACUGCGGAGCGCAGAGCCAGACUGGAGGCUUUGCUGGGCGCGGAGGACAUUGCGAAAGUCGGCGGGCUGGCCGUCAACGUCAUGCCAAUUGAACUGCGCGUGGUUGACCUUGGCGAGUACGCCGCGGUACCGUACGAGGAGAAUGAUAUUUCCAACGUCACGGGGGCGCUCUCUGGACAGCUGCUUCCAGCAGAGAAGGUUCGAGAAGGAAGAGCUCGAGGGCGUGCCAAGAUGAAAGAGCAUGGGGUGUUCAAGCGGGCUCACGUCACGGAGGCGAAAGGCAAGCGCGUUUGGGGCAAGUGGUUGCAGGACUGGAGGGUGGGCACCGACACUGUGCGGUGCAGGUUCGUGGCCAUGCAGGAUGCCUACCAGGCGCGCGACGACGCAUUCGCCGGGACGCCCCUGCUGAAGUUCGUCAGGCUGGCACUGGUGUUGGCAGCGACGUUCGGGAACCGCAUGAAAGUCUACCUGAUAGGGCUCUGGAACAUCAGCAACGCGUUCUUCCACGCUGAGAUGGGCGAGGACGUGUACGCGGUGCCGCCCCCAGGUGAGGAGGGGCCGAAUGUAGUUUGGCACUUGCGGAAGGCGCUGUAUGGGACCAGGAGAGCGAGCAAGCUGUUUCAGCGCAAGGUCAUUGGGACGUUGACCGAUCAGGGCUUCAUCCGCAUGUUGGUGACGGUGAUGGUGUUCUACCACGUCCAGAAGGGCAUCUACACCGUGGUGCACGGAGACGACUUCAUGGCCGUGGCGAAGUUCGAGGUGAAGCGGUCGCCGUUCGUGGGAUCCGCAGAAGCUGGAGGUGAAGCGACGUCUGGCCAUUUCCUGAAGAGGACGGUCAGCUGGACAGAAAAGGGUUUCCACUGGGAGAGCGACGCGAAGCACGCGAGGACAGUGGUCGAGGCCCACGGGAAGCUGCCAGCGGCCAGGGAGAUCUCGCCGGCUUCCAAGAGCAUCGGGAAGGAGGUGCCAACGGCGUUGGACAAGCUGGGAUACGCGGAGAAGAAGCUGUUCCAGUCGGCGGCGCCGACGGCACUGUACUGGGCAGCAGACAGACCUGACAUCCAGUUCGCGACGAGCUGGAUCAUGCGCGGGAUGCAGGAGCCACUGGUGCUCCACGAGCUGGAGCUGAAGCGGUUGGCUGCCUACUCAGCGACGCACCCGCAGAUGAUGUGGAACUUUGAGUAUCAGGAGUUACCGAGCGAGGUGACCAUCGUGACGGACUCGGACUGGGCUGGGGAUGAAGUGACGCGCAGGAGCCGUGGUGGAGGUUUCGAGUACGUCCGGGAGGCGCGCAUCGACAGUUGGGCUGGUCAGCAAGCGACGCGUGCGCCGAGCAGUUGA